UUCGGGCCAAUAGCUGAUGGUUAAUCGUCAUCAAAUUUUUUUGUUUUGUUUUGUUUUCGAGAUGAAUGAUCAUCAUUUGCUGACCAAAUUACAAUAAUCAUGAAAAAUGCAUUCAAAGUUGCCAUUCUAGGUUCACCUAGAGUCGGUAAAUCAACUAUCAUUGAUGAAGCUAUAUAUGGUAAUCAUUAUCGUUUGAAAAAUUCAUAUGAACCAACAAGUGAAGAUAUUUAUUGUGCAAUGGUUGAAUAUGAUAAAAAUUCACGUGAAAAAAUUUUUCUGUAUGAUUAUGGUGGAAUGGAAACAUUAAAUAUCGAUGCAAUCAAAAUGUGCCUUUCAUUUUGUGAUGCUUUUUUGGUGGUUUUCGCUAUCAAUGAUAAAGAUUCUUUUUUGAUGGCUGUUCAGAUUAAAAAGAAUAUUGAAAAAUUAAAAGAUAAAAAAGAUAUACCGAUAGUAAUGGUUGCCAAUAAAAUGGACAAAAUAAAUGAAGCUGUCAUUAAUCUAGAAGAAAUUCGCAAAUGGGUAGCACAGGAAAAAGUUAAAUUCAUCGAAGUAUCGGCAACCGAUCGAAAAAGCAUAUCCGAAUGUUUUAUUUAUUUAGUAUCGAAGAUAAUUUUUCUAUCAAAAUCAUCGUUUUCACGUAAAUCAAAAACAGGCAGUCUUCAAUUGGAAUUAUAAAUUAUUAAUCAAAAAAUACAAAAAUAAUAUUUUUUUUUUUUGUAAAUUUAUUAUUAUUAUUAAAUGAUAAAUAAAAUGGCGAAAAUUUUA